AUGCCCGCUUCCGAUAGACUAGGUCAAACUUCCGAUAUCCUUUCCGAAUCGCUCAAGUGCGCUGAACACCCCUUCAAGGUCACCGUGAUCGGCUCCGGUAACUGGGGUACCACCAUUUCCAAGGUGGUGGCCGAAAACGCGGCCCUAAGACCACAGCUCUUCGUCAGCCGCGUCGACAUGUGGGUCUUCCAGGAACAGGUGGACGGCCAGAACCUCACAGACAUCAUCAACACCAAGCACCAGAACGUCAAGUACCUGCCCAACAUCGACCUGCCCGAAAACUUGGUGGCCAAUCCAGACCUGCUAGACGCGGUCAAGGACGCCGACAUCUUGGUGUUCAACAUCCCACACCAGUUCUUGCCCCGUAUCGCGUCGCAGCUCGAGGGCAAGGUCAAGAAGGAUGCGCGUGCCAUCUCGUGUCUCAAGGGCUUCGACGUGUCCAAGGACGGCGUGCGUCUGCUUUCCACGUACAUUGAGGAAAAACUCGGGAUCACGUGCGGUGCGCUUUCGGGCGCCAACCUGGCCCCAGAGGUGGCCAAGGAAAACUGGUCCGAGACCACCGUCGCAUACGAGAUCCCCAAGAACUUCAAGGGCGAGGGCAAGGACGUGGACCACGGCGUGCUAAAGGCGCUUUUCCACAGACCAUACUUCCACGUCAACGUGAUCGACGAUGUGGCCGGUAUCUCGGUGGCCGGUGCGUUGAAGAACGUGGUGGCCCUGGGCUGCGGUUUCGUCGAGGGUCUAGGCUGGGGUAACAACGCCUCUGCCGCCAUCCAGAGAGUUGGUCUCGGCGAGAUCAUCAAGUUUGGCCAGAUGUUCUUCCCCCACUCGCGUGUGCAGACCUACUACCAGGAGUCUGCCGGUGUUGCCGACUUGAUCACCACCUGUUCCGGUGGCAGAAACGUCAGAGUCGCCACCGCCAUGGCCAAGACUGGCAAGUCCGCCGAAGAGUGCGAAAAGGAGUUGUUGAACGGCCAGUCCGCCCAGGGUAUCCACACCUGUAAAGAGGUGCACGAAUGGUUGGCCGCCUGCGGUAAGACCGAAGAGUUUGUGCUAUUCGAAGCCGUCUACCAGAUCGUCUACGAAAACGCCUCCAUGGAGACUUUGCCAGACAUGAUUGAGGACUUGCAAGGUGUCAACUUCAAGGCGGACGGCGAGAAGUCCGAGUAA